AGAAUUUAAAUUAAUGUGCGCGAUCGAUCGGCGGUAGAAUUUAAUUUGGCUCGACUGGAUUCAAACAAUCUUUUCCAAGAUCUACGGUGUUAAAUUCAGUCUUUUUACAGGGUCCAAGUUAGAUUAAUAAACUGGGCAUGGAGGUCUUAACAGAUGGAUUAUCCAGAGGAACUUUGCAGCAUCUACAGAAGUUGGAGCAGCAAGCCCAGGACCUGAGACAUGGAUCCAGGAGUAGGGCCAAGCAGGAGAGGAUGUUGAGAGCCCUUCAGAAAGCUGUGCACCAGCUCCAGGAGAGGAGGGACUUCCUUAAGGUUCAGGUUGCAAACUCACCAAUUAAGGUGCUGGGCCCUGUUUUGCAGAGCACAGAUUCUGGUGAUGAAGCCUUGAUGAAGGUUGUCAAGGAAACAUUGAAGACAACAGACAAAAAGACUCUUAAGGAUGCUGUGACUGAAGCCACAAAACUAAAACAGAGAGAGUUGUCUGUAUCAUAUAGACUAACAGGCUGCACUGUCCACAAAACAGAUGGAAAUAGGGUGCGGGUACGAUGGGACACCUUCGACCAUGGGCAGUACUUUCAACCAUACUACGCAGUCAUAUCCAACAACGCUUCAAAGAAUCUCCACCUUGUCAAGCAUAACCUACCGUACUUUCUACCCAUCAAGGAUUUGGAGAAGGACCAUCUCAACACAGAUAUGCAGGCCUUCAUACAGGUGGUCAGCGACAGCCUAAAUGCAUUUGUUUCAAGAAGACAUCAAGUAGAAGAAGCAAAAGAGAAUUGCAAGAAAUUGAUCCCAGGAGAGGUGACUUCAAGCAAUGCCUUUAACAACAUCGGAAUGACCUUAUCAAACUCCGGACAGGCAAUUUGCGAUGUUCAGCUUAUCUAUGAUGACCUCAAAGGAGAUAGACCCACCAGUGUAACCGUUCAUUCAAAUGGAGAACUAUCCAAAGCAAAAAUCAGGAGCAUCAAAGAACUCUUCGCUGAACACCGGAUUGCAGACGCCAUACUGCAGGCCCCGUUUUCAUGAGAACAUUUCCCAAAUGCCAGAUGCAAAUAAAGUUCCGGUCACAAACUAUGGGGGAGUAGGCUUUGUCAUCACAAAGAGAAGUUGUCAGUUUGUGUUUGUGAUGGCGCUGGUUGAAAUGAUAACAUGGCUUGCACUAUGCUCAUCCCAUUGCAUGCCUAGAAUCUGAUAAUGUGCAAAUGCUGAAGGAUUGAACACUGUAAAUUCAAGAGCCUUAUCAGUAAUAAAAUCCUAUCGGGUGAUUGAGCUGGAAGACAAGUAUGGUUAUUGAUUUUUCUUUCUCGCCUUCAUGCCAGAGACGAGACAUAAGCUCUACUCUUUCUGACGGCGAGGAAGUCAAUGCUGAAAUGUUAACCAAUGCCAACUUUUUGAACUGUCGUCAUAAAGAAAGUAUGUACAUAUUCAUGAAACUUGGACAUAAGGGUAAUUGCACAAACAUGUACGUUAGAUAUCCCCCUGCACAUAUCCGUUUUCCAUCUCACAGAUGCCAAACCUGUUCUUAGAUAUCAUCAAUUAAUUUCUAUGAGCACACCUGAUCUUGAUGUGCAUUAUUUUUUGUAUUAAAUAUAUAUUUGUUUAAUCAUGGAUAGAUGCAUCUUAUUUAGUAUGCUAUGAUUUGGUUUUACUUGGUAAACUUUGAUAUUUGACAAGGGGGUGUGUUUUACAAAGAUUUAAAAGAGUUGGACUCAAAUUUCAGCUGCAUACGGUACGUAACGCAUCACUGCAUUGUUCAAAUCAUACACAACACCAUACCCAUCAAUCAUAUUACAUGUUAAAUAACAUGUGUGUGUUGGCUUUUAAGCACAACUCUAAAGUCACACUACUUAAUUCCUUGUGAAACACCUAUCUGGAAGCUGACACCUUUUUAAUGUCACUGGAAAUCUUUUUUUUCUUCUUCUGGGAAUCAAUUUCACCACGAUUGAGUGCCAGAAUAUCUUCAUACAUUAUUAUUGAUUAUGUAUUGAUAACACAUGAUGAACAUUAUGCAGCUUCACGCAUACAAUCCUUGCUGUAGCAAGUUUAAAACUUGAUGGCCUCUUAAUCAUCAAGGGCACAGUUAUUGAUGGUAAUUAGGUCCAUUGUUCUUUAUAUUUGUAUAAAAUGUAAAGUAAACAUAUAAAUAUUGGAUAUAUCCUGCCAUGUGCAUAAAAUAUAGAUAUCCUGCA